CUGAAGGAAGUUAAACACGUGCGUAAAUGUAUGAAUGGGCUGCCCUGUAAUGUGAUAUCAGAUGGAAGUGCCUGUAGGCUACGAAGCUUCAUUAAGAAGAAUCGUUCUGGACUUACCAAAGUGGAUGAAUUAAAUGCCACCCCACUGCAUCAUGCUGCAGAAGGUGGUCAAAUAGAAUUAAUGCAACUGAUCAUAGAUGAUUCUUCCUGUGAAGUAUUAAAUGUGAUGGAUUCUUCUGGAAAUACGCCACUGCACUGGGCCACAAAGAAAAACCAGGUUGAAAGUGUUAGUUUGCUUCUCAGCAGAGGAGCCAAUCCAAACAUUCUCAACUCCAAUAUGAUGGCACCUUUGCAUAUGGCCGUACAGUCCCUGCAUAAUGAAAUUGUUAAGAUUUUAGUCCAGCAUAGCAGUACAGAUGUUAAUUUGGAAGGUGAAGCAGGGAACACACCUAUAAUUGUAGCAUGUUACAAGGAUAAUCCUGAAGCACUGACACUCCUGAUUGAAAACGGAGGGAAAAUAUGUAAACCAAACAAAACAGGAUGUAUGCCUAUCCAUGCAGCUGCAUUUUCAGGUGCAAAAACAUGUAUGGAAAUUCUUUUAAAAAAAGGUGAAGAACUGGGUCACUCUGCUAAAACCCACAUCAAUUUUACCAAUAAUGGAAAGUGCAGUCCACUUCAUUUGGCGGUUCAGAGUGGGGACCUUGAAAUGAUUAAAAUGUGCAUUGAAUUUGGAGCCCAAAUUGAUCUAAAACAGAAUGAAAAAUGCACAGCACUUCAUUUUGCUGCCACUCAAGGAGCAACUGAGAUUGUAAAGUUAAUGAUGUCAUCCUAUGCUGGUGAGGAAUCCAUUAUUGAUGCCGUAGAUGGGAAUAAGGAGACAUUGCUUCACAGGACAGCAUUGUUUGAUCAUUAUGAACUGGCAGAGUAUUUGAUUUCAAUGGGGGCUAAUAUUGAUAGUGUUGACAUAGAAGGUCGAUCACCGCUUCUGUUGGCCACUUCCUGUGCAUCAUGGAAAAUUGUGAAUUUACUGCUCUCAAAAGGAGCAAAUGUAUCAUUAAAAGAUCAUCUUGGUCGGAAUUUCUUGCAUUUGACGGUAUUGCAGCCUGGAGGAUUACAGCAUCUGAAUGAGAAAUUUCUACAGAUGGAACAUAUUAAAAAUCUUGUAGUGGAUGAAGAUAAUGAAGGAUGCACUCCAUUGCAUUAUGCAUGCAGACAAGGUGUGGCCCUCUCUGUAAAUAAUUUACUCAGCCUCAACGUUUCCAUCUAUUCUAAGAGCAGAGACAAGAAGUCACCAUUACACUUUGCUGCCAGCUAUGGACGUAUCAAUACAUGUCAACGACUUAUAAGAGAUAUGAAAGACACAAGACUUCUGAAUGAAGGUGAUAAGAAGGGAAUGACUCCCCUUCAUUUGGCAGCCCAGAACGGUCAUGAGAAGGUAGUUCAGUUUCUUCUGAAGAGAGGGGCCCUUUUUCUCUGUGAUUAUAAAGGCUGGACAGCCCUGCACCAUGCUGCCUUCGGAGGAUACACUCGCACAAUGCAGAUCAUUUUGGAUACUAAUGUGAAGUGUACUGACAGAGUGGAUGAAGAAGGGAACACAGCUUUGCACCUGGCUGCAAGAGAAGGACAUGCAAAAGCAGUAAGGUUACUUCUUGACUAUGGUGCAAAAAUUCUGUUCAACAAAGCAGUAGCUUCUUUUUUCCAUGAAGCAAUACACAAUAGGAGAAAAGAUGUAGUGUCUGCUGUCAUUUUACACAAAAGGUGGGAAGAAGCUGUUGUGACAUUUUCUCACUAUUCUAGUGCCAAUAAGUGUCCUUUACUGGAAAUGGUUGAGUAUCUUCCUGAUUCAUUCAAACUGGUUUUGGACAACUGCAUAAUUGAGUCUUCAGAGGAAAAGACAAGUCGAGACUUCUAUAUUGAAUAUAACUUCAGAUAUCUUCAGUGUCCUCUGACACUUAACAAGAAACUAAAGGAUGGUGAAGACAUUUUCUAUGAACCACUUACCACUUUAAAUGCCAUGGUACGCCACAAUCGCAUGGAGCUACUUAGUCAUCCCGUGUGUAAAGAAUAUUUGCUUAUGAAAUGGAUGGCCUAUGGGUUUCGAGCGCAUCUGAUGAAUUUAGGCAUAUAUUCUCUCGGUCUCAUCCCACUGACUCUUCUGGUCACUCACAUACAGCCAGGAAGACCUUUGAAUGGAACAGAGAUCUAUGAAGCAAGACCAUUAGAAUAUGAGAACUCAUACUUCACAAGGGUGUGUAUGUGUUUAGUUUUAAUAAUGAGUUUACUGGGAAUCUGCAAAGAAAUAUUUCAGCUGAUUCAGCAGAAAUUGAAAUAUUUGUUGGAUUACUCCAAUCUACUGGACUGGACAAUUUAUACUACAAGCAUAAUUUUUGUGUCUUCUUUAUUUAUUAAUACACCAGCUCAUUUGCAGUGGGAAUGUGGAGCAAUUGCUGUAUACUUGUCUUGGAUGAACUUCUUGCUUUACCUUCAACGAUUUGAAAACUAUGGCAUCUAUGUUGUGAUGUUCUGGGAAAUUUUGAGGACUUUGAUUCGGAUUGCUGUUGUUUUCUUUUUCCUGAUACUGGCCUUUGGACUGAGUUUCUUUGUCCUUUUGGGUUCACAGCAAACAUAUAGCACACCUCUGCUUUCUGUAAUGAAGACAUUUGCAAUGAUGCUGGGAGACAUUAAUUACCACGAUGCAUUCCUUGAUCCAUUACUAAGCAGUGAAUUGCCAUAUCCAUUCCUGAGUUACACAGUUCUCAUUAUAUUUACCUUGCUUAUUCCAAUCCUUCUUAUGAACUUGCUAAUUGGUUUGGCUGUUGGGGACAUAGCUGAAGUACAAAAAUACGCUGCACUUAAAAGGAUUGCAAUGCAGGUUAAUCUUCACACCAACUUAGAGAAGAAGCUACCAUUUUGGUUCUUAAGUCGGGUGGACCAGGAAUCGAUCACUGUAUAUCCGAACAGGCCGAGAUACUGUGGAUUUAUGAGCGUGUUCCAGUAUUGCUUUGGGUGUGAGGACUCUACCACAGAUGCACAGAGCACUGAUACAACAUUAGAACUGGAAGUUCUGAAGCAGAAAUACAGGCUCAAAGAUAUAUCAACACUGUUGGAAAAGCAACAUGACCUCAUUAAAUUGAUUAUACAAAAAAUGGAGAUAGUGUCAGAGGCUGAGGAUGAAGACAGCAAUGAUUUAUUUCAGCACAAGUUUAGGAAAAGGCAAUUAGAGCACAAGAAUAGUAAAUGGGAUACAGUGUUAAAAGCUGUUAAAACAAAUGUGCCUAACCCAAGCACAGAAAAGAACAAUAGCUUCUUCUAGACAUGGCUAUGAUAUCAUGUUGUACUAUCAUUUUGUUUUACUUUAGGGUCAAUUCUCUUAUUGUCUGUGCAUAAUGUUAAUGUGAUACAUCAUGUAUUCAAGUAUAAAAAAAGGCUAGAUCCAAAAAAAAGGAUGCAGGUGCUCAAAACAGUGUUUAAGGAGACUGAAGAUGUCUAUAUCCAAAACUGUGAUCC